AGCAAGAAUAAACCCUAACAAGGGGUUUACAUACCCAUGUACUAAUUCCACACUCGGAAACAAAAUCAUAAAAAUUCUAAUUAACUCCAAAUAGGAAACAAAAUAAUAGAAAUCCUAAUUAACUUGGAAUGAUUAUAUACAUCAUCAUCUUCACGCCGGUGCCGCAAAACCAACAGGGUAAGGGGGUCGGAGGCGGUGGUAGGCUUAAUCCUGUCUCCGUGUGCGGUAAACCAACAGGGGUUUCGGCCCCUCUUCUUCCUGGUCCAGCCGCUGCUCUCUAUCACUUUAUCUUAAUAAUUUACUUUGUAUCUCCAUGUUUUUUUACUUUACAGUCCAAGAGGUGUGCAAAAUCAAGUAUUAAGGUAAACAACCAAACAUAGUUACAUUUUGGGAUUGGGGUAAGAUAUGCGCCAGAAAGGUUUGUAUAUUCAGUUUGUUUGGUUUAGUUUAGAGGAUGCAAAUCUUCCUAGAAUAUUGGUAUUUGCACCGUAAGUUUAUACGUGUUUGACUUUGUACCAACUUGUAAUGGAGAGAAAUUAUAUGGAGUGAAGUCUAAUAUUAGGGUAAACAUUGGAUGCAGUUACUAAAUUUCCAUGUUCAUACAUUUUUAACUUACAGCCAACCCCAUUGAUUUGGAAUUAUGGGUAUGUACUGCCGUAUAUUUCAGCUUCUCUCAUCACUAAAAUCUUUUGGUUUCUUCUGAUAGAAGUUCUUGGUUACUUACUAUUGUCCAAGACUACGUUUCUUAACGUUAUCAGUUAACCUGUCAGUUUAUCAGCACGAUAAACAAGAGAAUCUCUGAGCAAUAUUCUAGGCUUUAACAUAAUUUGCCUUCUCCAGAUAGAUUUGUACAAUAGUGUGGUCAAUAAAGAAGGAACUGAAGGGGAAGAAGAAAUCAAGAAGGCUUAUAGAGCAGCUAGGGAGGAUAUUGAUGACACUACAGAGACAGCUGUAGAUGACAAAGUUUCGUCGGCACUCAUUGACAAGGUUGAUGCGAUGCUUCACAACCUUGAAAAGGAAAUUGAUGAUGUGGAUGCAAAAAUUGGUGAUGGAUGGCGGUUGCUUUAUAGGGAUCAUGAUGGCAAAGUUACAACAGAGGAAGUUGCUUCAGCUGCAAAUUACCUCAAGGACACCUUAGCAAAGGAUGGUAUCCAACAGCUAAUUAGCAACCUUUCUAAAGAUAGAGAAGGAAAAAUACUCGUGGAAGAUAUUGUCAGAUUAGCAAGCAAAAUGGAAGAUUCCGAAUCAAGUGAAGAAAAGCCGGAUAAGAGAGAUAACUCAUCAAACUUGGGGAAUAAAAUCCAGCCUUGCGUUUUGGUUGGGGUCCAAACCAUACCAAAGCGUGCUAGAGCUUCUGUAGAUAUGGGUAACCUCCGCCGCAACCGAACAAAGAAGAUUGCGAGGAAUCAUCCAAGGUCACGCAAAGGUAAGGGAGGGGCUGGAUCUUCAUCUCAAACCCGAGAUGAUUUUGAUGCGGAUUACAACCAAAGAUAUGGGGAUGCGAUGUCCGAUGAGCAACUAGAACAACUAUUGCAACAAAAUCAAGGAGGUUUUUUUCAUCAACAAGACAUCCUGCAAACCAUUGACGAAGAAGAGCUCGAGGAUGAUGAUGCAGAGGAGAGGGUUCCACGAACGGUCGAGGAUGAGGUUCAUGGCACACCGGACGAUGAGGAAGAGGAAGCGGAAGUGGCUACUUCUUCCCAAGCCGGUGGGAAAUCUGAAUCUGUCUUUAAGGCAAAUUUUACAAAAGUUAAAGACCUCGAAACCGAGAUAUGGUACGCCACUUGCAAGCAUUGCAACAAAAAGUAUAAUUUGGGAAUUUCUGGAGGUUACGGAGCGCCACAAGACAUCUUAAGGCCAAGCACCCGGCGGAAUAUGCGAAAUCGGACAAAGGCAAGAGAAGACAAACACAAAUUUCAAGGUUUACAACUGGCCAACCCUUUGGUAAUUUCUCCUAUGAUGAUCAAAGACAUUUGACUGAUAUGUCUCAUUUAAUUGUUGAAGAAAAUUUGUCUUUUAUUUUUUCUGAAAGUCUUGCUUUAAAAGAAUAUGCUCAAGGUUUUUUUAAAUCCCCAAUUUUGAAACUAUAGUCGCAAAACAAUUAAAAAAGAAGUUAUAAGGCAAUAUGUUUUGGAAAAGCAAAAAUUAUAAACGUUUUUCGCAAACUUUGAUGGACGUGUUAGUAUAUGUAGUGAUAUAUGGGAGGAUACUCAUCAUCAUUUAUAUUAUUUCGGUUUGACUACACAUUAUAUUGAUGAUGAUUGGUGUAUGCAUAAACAUGUUCUUGCUUUUCGUGAAUUUAAUGAUCGACAUACCGGUGAUAAUAUUUAUAUUCUCAUUGAGCGUAUUUUAAUUGAGUACAAUUUGAUUAAUAAGGUGUUUGCUAUUAGUUUUGAUAAUGCUACUAAUAAUAUUGUCGCUAUUCCUAGAUUGCGUGAAUUUGUGUGGUUUAUCUUUUUUGAUGGGUAGGUUUUUCAUCAGCGUUGUGCAUGUCAUAUUUUAAAUUUAUGUGUAAAGGACGGGCUAGCGGCGUUGGGAGAUGCUAUGGAGGUGGUGAAGGGAGGGAUUAAACUUAUUUGGGCUAGUAAUCAACUUAAGAUGCAAUGGAGAAAUUAUUUGAAAGAAAGACGUGUCAAAUAUUGUGAUUUUCCUAAAGAUUUGUCUAUUCGUUGGAAUAGUACUUAUAACUUAACUAACGUGCUUAUUAGAUUUAAAAACCAUUUUCCUGCUUUUUUAAAAGAAUAUGCUAACUAUAUUAUAAACCUGACCGACAUCGACACUUGUGAAAAAGUUUUGAAUGUUUUGGUGUAUUUUAAUAAUGCAACUCAAACUUUUAGUCAUGUUUAUAAACCUACCGCAAACCAAUUUUUUGUUGAAACUGUUAAUCUCGCCGGCGCUUUUUGUGAAUUUGCUUAUGCCGCUUAGGUUAGUUAUUUUUGUGACUUCAUGAAACAAAAGUUUUAAAAUAUUAUUCCUAUAUUCCGCAUAUAUAUAUAUAUAUAUAUAAUAUUGCAUUUAUUCUUGAUCUUUGUUUUAGACUUGCUUCUUUGGAGCAAUGUUUAGAUUACUAUUAUGCUUUUUUUUAUCCAUUGCCUAUGUACGACGAAAAGGCUAUAGACCCGAAACAACAAUUUGAAGAGGUUAGUAAUUUAUUAUAUCAAUUAUUUAAUGAGCUUCAUGCACAAUAUGGUAACGCAUCCCCUCCCCCGCCAUGAACAUCUUCAUCUAAAGGAAAAUCAAUUUUGAAAUCUGCAUUUGGCAAUCUUAUGAAAAAAGUAAAUCAACUCCGGUUAAUGAAUAAAGCUCGAUUAACGAGCUUUCUUUGUAUCUAGUAUUUCCUGUUGAGUAUGAAGAAGAUGAUGACUUUGACGUUCUUCAGUGGUGGAAGGAAAAAGAGAGAACGUUUCCGAUCUUAUCAAAGAUGGCUAAACAAGUGCUAGCAAUGCCGGUAUCAACAGUUGCUGUGGAACAAGAGUUUAGUGCGGCCAACAACGUCCUAACGGAUUAUAGAACGAGAUUGAACGCAAAUUCUCUUGAGACGCUUGUUUGCUUCCACGAUUGGUUGAAUGCCAAACGUAGAACUCAAAUAUUAGCAUUGAACCCACCCGCCACUUUAUGGAAGAAACAACCGAAGAUGGCGGAAAUUCCGAUUGAUUCUUAUUUAUUAAAAAGUGUAUUUCAUGUUUUAAUUUUUGCUCAAUUUCCAAUUGUAUUACAUAUUUCAAAUAAAUAUAUUUUAAAUUUUUUAUGUCCACAA